AUGGAUGGAAUCAUCCGCAUGGAAGCGAUGGGCCGUGUGAAACCGCAACGGGGCCUUGGCGCGGCCGGGAGCGUGACAACUGCACCCGAUCUUCAGACCAGCAGCUCACUUCAUGCCUUUCUCAGACCAGUUUCUGACUUCAAGCAGUGCAGUCCUCUUCUUUGCUCACAUUUCUACAAUUUCAUUGUUAAUGAGAGAUGA